AUUUCUACUUUAAAAGAUAGAGCAGAUUUCGAGUACUCUUAUAUGUUUCAGUUGAAACAGCUGUAUUUUUCUGAUUGACUGGCUUUCAAAGAAAUAAGAACAUAUUACAAUGUGUGAAGCAUUUGUUACCCUGACAACUAACGAUGAAUAUGCUUGUGGUGCACUUGUAUGGGCACAUUCUUUGAGAGAGGUGAAAACAACGAAAAAGCUUGUAUGCAUGGUUACAAAACAGGUUUCGAAGCACAUGAUGUCUCUCAUCGAAUCUGUGUUCGAUCAUGUCGAAUUAGUGGAUGUUCUUGAUAGCAAGGACGAAGCAAAUUUGGCUUUGCUAUCAAGACCAGACUUAGGUGUGACAUUCACAAAACUGCAUUGUUGGAGGCUUACACAGUACACUAAAGCCGUUUUCAUGGAUGCAGAUACUAUGGUCUUACAAAAUGUCGAUGACUUGUUCGAACGCGACGAAUUGAGUGCGUCUCCAGAUCCAGGUUGGCCAGACUGUUUUAAUUCGGGCGUCUUUGUUUUCAAACCUUCUUUGGAAACAUACAAAAAGCUUCUGCAGUUCGCUGUUGAGUAUGGGAGUUUUGAUGGUGGAGAUCAGGGUCUGUUAAAUCUCUUUUUCUCUGGCUGGGCGACUAAAGACAUUCGUUUCCACCUGCCAUUUUUGUAUAACGUAAUAAGUCAAGCAUUUUAUUCCUACCCACCUGCGCUGGUUCGAUUUCGUAGUCAAAUUCGUGUUGUACAUUUUAUUGGAGCAGAGAAACCAUGGCACACUGAGCUGAACAAGUCUGGACAUGUUAUUGUCCGAGAUCCAACAAAUGCUGGAACUCCAGAAUUCUUGCAGCUCUGGUGGAAUUUAUUCACGACACAUGUCCAUCCCAAAUUGACCCGUGAUGAGGGUGGCUUUGUUGGUCGACUGGCACAAAUGGAAUUAAGUGUACCACAAUCAAGCACAUCACAUGAUACUGAUGACUCUGAAAGACAAAUGGCAUGGGAACGUGGACAAAUGGAUUAUAUGGGUUCUGAUUCAUUUGAGAAAAUACAAAGUCUUUUGGAGUCGAAAAUUAAAAAAUAAGCCCAAAUUUAUGAGAAUAAAAAAAAUUUGAUCACUAUCAUCGUUUCAGUGAAGUUGACUGACAGACACUACUAUGACGCACAAGCACAAGUACACACCCCAACUAAGCAUGCAUGCCCCUACCUACAUAAAAUAUUCAUUCAUGAAACAUUUUUUUUUAAAACAAAAAAUCUAGUUCUUAACACUGCUGUUCAUAUAUUAUUUUACAUUAUUCUUAUUCUUACUAAUUACAAUAAUGCCAUUUGAUGAUUAUAAAAGGUUUUGAUACAUGUUUCAAUACAUAUAUUAUUAUUA